AAUAAUAGAAACUCAAACACAGAUCUCAAAGUUGUCACGCAAAAAUGGGGAAGGAUACGAGUGCCUACAGAGCUCAUUGUUUAGUCUUUGCCUAUCCAGCUCAAGGACACAUUAAUCCUAUUGUGGAAUUGUCCAAGCGUUUGAAGCACAAAGGAGUGGAAGUUACUUUGGUUACCACCAACUUCAUCUCCAAGAACAUACAAAAAGAAGUAAGCUCCAUUGCGCUCGAGACCAUAUCCGAUGGCUUUGAUGAAGGCAUGACAGGGCAAAUAGAGAACAUCCAGACCUAUUUGGAGCGCUUUGAGAGAGUCGGUUCGAAAAAUCUGACCGACCUCAUUGAGAAACUUUCUAGAUCGGGCCGCCCUGUUAACUGUAUUGUUUAUGAUCCUUUCUUGCCUUGGGCUCUAGACAUAGCCAAAAAGUUUGGGUUAGUCGCGGCGGCAUUUCUCACUCAAUCCUGUGCUGUCGAUACUAUUUUCUACCAUGUCCGAAAAGGAGAGCUGAAACUCCCUCUUAGAGGGCCAGAAGUUUUGCUUCCUGGUUUGCCUCCUCUUGAACCUCAAGACAUGCCAUCCUUCAUUUACAAUUGGGGAUCCUAUCCAGGUCCCUUGGACUUGCUCGUGGGACAAUUCUCUAAUGUUGAGAAAGCUGAUUGGGUCUUUUGCAACACCAUUUAUGAGCUGGAGCAAGAGGCAGUCGAUUGGAUGUCAAAGAUAAUGCCAAUGAGGACAGUGGGACCAACUAUUCCAUCUAUGUUCUUAGACAAGCGGAUUGAAGAUGACAAAGACUAUGGUUUCAGCAUCUUUAAACCAAACACCGAUGCCUGCGUGAAAUGGUUAAAUGAUCGUCCAAAAGCGUCGGUUGUUUAUGUUUCUUUCGGGAGUAUGGCUGCUCUUGAGGCUGAGCAAAUGCAAGAACUAGCAUGGGGUCUGAGGAUGAACAACAACUAUUUCUUGUGGGUGGUCAGGGCCUCAGAAGAGGCAAAGCUCCCCAAAAACUUUGUGGAGGAGACGUCGGAGAAGGGAUUAGUGGUUGGAUGGUGUCCUCAGUUGGAGGUUUUAGCACACGAGGCGGUGGGAUGCUUUGUGACACACUGUGGGUGGAACUCUACGUUGGAGGCCCUGAGCUUGGGCGUUCCAAUGGUGGCAAUGCCACAAUGGACAGACCAAAGCACGAAUGCAAAGUAUAUUAUGGAUUUUUGGAAGAUGGGACUCAAAGCUCCGGUGGAUGAGAAAGGGUUAGUGAGGCGAGAAGCAGCAGCGCACUGCAUAAGGGAGAUAAUGGAAGGAGAGAGAGGAGAAGAGAUAAAGAAAAAUGCCUUCAAAUGGAGAAAAUUGGCAAAAGAGGCUGUUGACAAAGGUGGAAGUUCUGACAAAAACAUUGAAGAAUUUGUAGCUAAACUGGUUGCUCGUAAGUCCUAGUCAGAUGAUCUUCCCUUCCAUUAUAUCCUGUAUUAGAUGACCACAUGAGCAAUAUAAACAUGCAGGAGUUUUAU